GAUAAGAUGAUUAUUUUUUUUAUAAUAGUUAUAGAUUAUAGAUAUAAUAAUAUAAAUUUUGUGUUUCAGAUCCGUUGUUGAGUUACUAUAAAUAAGUGAGAGAUGCCUGAUAUUGCCAUUUGCCAGUUUUUCAGUGUCAAAUUAUUGUUAAAUCUGCUUUCCAUUCCUGUUGCGGGGAAGGGAUCAGAUCCAGUGAGAAAAAAACUCCAAAAAACAGGUUUUUUUUUGUGAUCUCUUAUUCAUUCCCAGAGCUAAGGAAGAGCAUGCUAUGCAACUACCUUUUGUAAGCACUGUCUCAUCCCAGAAAAAAAGGACGAAUCUUUGUUGAAUACUAAGUAUCUCAGUUUCCUUCGGGUUAUAUUGGAAAGAAGUAAAAUUUGGAGAGUGAGGAAUUUCCAGAAUGUUCAGGUUAUCUCCCCGGAGGAGCCAAAGAUCCAAAGGCUUCAAGGUGAAGCAUGCUCUACAGUUAUGUGUUCUGCUUGGAGUUUGUAUCUGGCUGAUUUACCAACUCAAACACUCUAAUGAGAAGAAAUCGUCCUAUGUAGAAAGCACAAAAACUACCAGUGAGGUUGUCAAGUUUGGGAGGAAGGACCUCCAUCCUCGCGCGGAGGAAACUUCUGUGGUAGAUGCAAGGCACAAGGAAGAGGACGAGGAGGAAGAACAACAAGAAAAUAAGCAAGAAGAGCAACACAAACUAGAUGAUGUUAAUGGUGUGCAAGAUGAGGUCCUAAAGCAUGAGCAGAAUGACAAUGAAGAGAAUUCUGAGCAUAGACAGGAUUCGGUAGACCAAGAAACUGAAGAAAAUUCUGAAAAUGUAACGACACAAGUGGAAGGCGAACAGCAUAAUGAGAAAUUUGGUGAAGAGAAUGACAAUAUAGACAACAAGGAGAAUGAGGAGAACAAAAGUGAAGGGGAGGACAAGGAAACUGGAGAGAAUAAAGAAGAAAAGAUUGAGCAGGAGAAUGACAAUAUGGAUAACAAGGAGAGUGACAAUACAGUGAAGGAGAAUGAAGUGGAGAACAAAGAAACUGAAGAAACUAAAGAAGAGAAGAAUCAGCAAGAGAAUGAAGAGGUGAAGCAGAAUGAAACUGAAGGGAUGGACAAUGGGGAGGAAAAUCAUGAGAAAGAUAGUAAAGAAAUAACAGAUGAGAGCAAUCAAAGAGAAGCUGAGAGAGAAGAACAUGACAAGAUUCAGGAAGGGACUUCAUCUGAGAAUCAAGUUCAGGAUGGGGGGAAAAAUGAGGAAGAGCAUAGAGAGGAAAAUUAUGCAGGAGAUAAUGCCUCUAGUGCUGUAGACAAUAAAUCACAGGACGCCUCAGAUGAAAGUUCCAAGACAGAAGAAGAAUCUGACAAAAAGGAAAAGAAUGAGUUUGAGUUGGAGUCUCAGAAAAAUGGUACUGAAACUACAGAAGUGGCUGAUUCUACUGCCACAACAAACAGCCAAGGAAAUGAAAAUGAUGCUGAAAAUCAGACACAGUCAGAGAAUGAUUCACAGAAAAGUGUUAUGUUGGAGUCAGAAUCACAGCAGCAAGAGCAGAAUGACUCCACAAAGGAUGGUGUAGAAACUCAUAGAACUGAAGCAUCUGAAAAUGAAAAUAACCCCAAGGUAGAAGACUCCAGUGCACAGAGUACGACCCAAAAAACUGAAGAUUCUUCUUCUAACUCAGAUGCCUGGAAGGAUUCUGCAACGAACGGUGAAUACAAGGACACCUCGAGUAAUUCGGCUCAGGAUGAAAACAUCAACAACAAUUCUGUCCAAGAAGGAAAUGCUGCAUCAUCCAAUAAUGACAACAAAGAUGCUAGCCAAGAUGUUCAACUCACUUCCUCUGAUACUUCUUCAGAACAAAAGAAAGAUGAAUCUGCGAAUAUGGAAACUAACACUGGCUCUGCGCAGAAUGACAAUGUAAACUCUGAUCAAAGCAACACAAACAGUGAUGGAAGUGCUAAUGACAAAAAAGAUGCUAGCCAAUCCGAUACUUCAUCUGAACAAAACAAAGAGGGAUCCUCAAACUCAGAUAACAGCAACGAUGCUAACCAGAAUGGCUCUAACAGCAAUGAAAAUGCAAAUGACAAUGAGAAUGAUAGUCAGGAAGCACAAAACAAUGCUGAUGCGGGACAGGGUGACAAUGAGGUCACUGUUGAGAGUAAGACGAGUGAAAAUGAAGGUGGUGCUCAGAAUGAAACUGCGGAGUCACAAAAAGAAGAAGAAUCUGCACACUUUGAUGGAGAUAGCAAUUCUAACUCCAAUGAUCAAGGAAGUUCUGAUCAUUCAAUCACUCGGGAGGAUAAAGAAUCUCGCGUGGAUUUGGGAACUCUACCACAAUCCAAUGCAGAAAACAAUAACAUUGAGGUUACUGCUGAAGAGUGAUGAUUCAGAUUUAGAAUAAUUGUAUCAAGCUUUUUUUGAUCCUACUACUUUUUUCUAUUUUUGUUGAGCCAUGUAUUGUUUCUUUAGUUGGCUAUUAUGCUAUCAAGUUUUUUUGUUUAAACAGGGUCAGAUUAAGAAUUUAGAAAGACUUAGAGUUCUAUUUGUAUAAAUCAUUUGCUAUUAUUCAUAUGUAACCUGAACCCUUUUAUGGAAGCAAUAAUUAUCACGUUUAAAAUAUCAUCAAAGCAAA